GUUUGCUUUGCUCCGGUUCAUGGUUCCUGCAAGCCCUCCAAGAGGUCGAACGCUGCACCCCCUCCCCGCGCCCCGAAGAGCCUCCUGCGUUCUCUGGCCCCCGGGCCCGCUCCGCGCCGCCCGGGCUCCGGCCGCCGCAGCCCAGUGCCCUCUGCCCGCGGCGGUGGAUGGCAUGAUGGUGCGGGGAAGGCACCGCGGCCUUGGCCAGCUGAGUCGCGACGGCCGCGGGGGCGGCGGCAUCGGCAGCGGCGGUGGUAGCGGGCUCCCCAGCGGCAUGCCAGUGCCCCCCGGGCGCGAUGGCUAGCGGCAGCGCUGGGAAGCCCACUGGCGAGGCGACUUCUCCGGCUCCAGCGAGCGCCGUCGGCGGGGCUUGCUCGCAGCCCCGGAAGAGGCUGGUGUCUGUCUGCGACCACUGCAAGGGCAAGAUGCAGCUGGUGGCCGACCUACUGCUGCUGUCGAGCGAGGCGCGGCCCGUGCUCUUCGAGGGCCCCGCCUCCUCUUGUGCCGGUGCCGAGUCCUUCGAGCAGUGCCGGGACACCAUCAUCGCGCGCACCAAGGGGCUCUCCAUCCUCACCCACGACGUGCAGAGCCAGCUCAACAUGGGCCGCUUUGGGGAAGCGGGGGACAGCCUGGUGGAGCUGGGCGACCUGGUGGUGUCCUUGACCGAGUGCUCCGCCCACGCGGCCUAUCUGGCGGCUGUGGCCACGCCGGGCGCGCAGCCCGCACAGCCGGGCCUGGUGGACCGCUACCGCGUGACACGCUGCCGCCACGAGGUGGAGCAGGGCUGCGCAGUGCUGCGCGCCACCCCGCUGGCCGACCUGACCCCGCAGCUGCUGCUGGAGGUGUCGCAGGGCCUGUCGCGCAACCUCAAGUUCCUGACGGACGCGUGCGCCCUGGCCAGCGACAAGUCCCGGGACCGCUUUUCGCGCGAGCAGUUUAAGCUGGGCGUCAAGUGCAUGAGCACGAGCGCGUCGGCGCUGCUGGCCUGCGUGCGCGAGGUGAAGGCGGCGCCCAGCGAGCUGGCGCGGAGCCGCUGCGCGCUCUUCAGCGGGCCGUUGGUGCAGGCGGUUAGCGCACUGGUGGGCUUCGCCACCGAGCCGCAGUUCCUGGGUCGCGCGGCGGCCGUGAGCGCCGAGGGCAAGGCGGUGCAGACCGCCAUCCUCGGCGGCGCCAUGAGUGUGGUGUCGGCCUGCGUGCUCCUGACCCAGUGCCUCAGGGAUCUGGCGCAGCACCCCGACGGGGGCGCCAAGAUGUCGGACCACAGGGAGAGGCUGAGGAACUCGGCCUGCGCCGUGUCUGAAGGCUGCACCCUGCUAUCUCAGGCUUUAAGGGAGAGGUCUUCGCCCAGGACUUUACCGCCAGUGAAUUCCAAUUCUGUGAAUUAGCACCCUCCCACCCUCAUCCCAUUCUUCCACCCCCCCACCCCCAGGCUAAAGGAAGAUACUUAUUCUCUGCCCCUCUCCAUUUAUACCAAAGAAAUCAAAAGUGAACUCCCCCACCCCAUGUUAAAUGCUCAAGAGGAAUCUUCCAGAAGGCAGGGCCAUGCAGACCAUUUACACGCGCACUCGCACUCGGAGGGCCCCCGGUGCCCAGCAGCCCACGCCAGGAGAUGGAAGAUGUGUCAUCUGCUGGGUGCGGUAUUACCCCUGCCCCCUACCCCGGCUCCUCUUCCGGAAUUCCUCCACUAAAUUUUAUUAUUAAUUGGGCAGGAAGGAGGUCAUGGGUUCAUUUCUUUUUUGGUCUUUUUUUUUUUUUUCCCCCUAAUUAAGAGAAAGGUUACCUCAGUUUUCACUCCUUAGACAUGGAUGUAGCUACCUUUUUUGUAUGUUGUUAUUUUUUUAAGCAGUCGUGAUGGGUUAGGCGUAUACUUGGUGUGGAAAGAGUAUGACUUUGCCAUGUGAUUUGCAAAUGGGGGGAAAAGCUACUGUGAGUGUGUGUUUUAUUUUUUAAUUUACACUAUAGAAUGAUUUCCCCCCCGCCCCCAAUGUCAAGUUUUUACCUUGCAUGUACUGGAGUAUUUAUUUCAUCUAUUAAUAAAAUGUUAUGUUUCUCAGA